CCACAAUCCUACGCGCGGCUUCCAGGCUGUCAGUUCCUGUAAGAUGGCAGCCUCCUUGGUGCGGAGAGCAGGCGGACAGCUGGGUAAGGCUGAGUUAGUGACUAUUCAGUACCUGUCAGUGUGGUGGUUAUAGUCCGCAUUCCUUUAUCUCCCCAGUGUUAUAUUAUAUGCUGUGUGAGAGUGAAAUGAUGUUCUGAAGUACUCUCACUGAAAGGUCACAGCAUGCUGCUAUACAUGGUGUCAGUGUGCUGUCAUAGAUAGUAAUGUGAUGGUGUUAUGCUAUUUAAAAAAAAUUAAAAAUAAAAAAAUUAUGUGCCAGCAUGAUGGUACUUAUAGCAAUGACAAUAACAUCCCAGGGUUCUUCGUCAUUCUAAAAAGAAUGUCACACUGUGCUGUCAGACAUGCUGUGUCAAUGCGAUUUAAUAUGUAAGAACAUUAUAUUGUGUCAGCAGAUGUGCAUCUCAUAUAGCAGCGAUGGCGAACCUUUUUGAGCCCGAGUGCCCAAACCGCAAUACAUGCCAACUUUUUUUUCCCUCAAAGUGCCGACACGGCAAUUAAACCUGAAUACUGAGAUUUAAGUUUAGAAAAAACAACUCGUACAGUUGUCCGAACUAGUUAGCACAACAGAGAGUUCAAUUAUACAGAUUUUAAAUAAUGAUAUUAAUAGAUAAAAUUAAGCUUAUAUUUAUGAGUAUCUCCAACAAAUGCAAUGCAUACACACAGCUGAACACAUUCACACACACAGUCCGCUAAAUACACACACACUGCUGAAUACACACACAUACUGCAUUGAGGGGUGCAGUGUUUGUGUGUGAGAGGGGGUAGGGGUGUGGGGUGCUGUGGGGGGGAGUAGGGGUGCUGGUGUUGUGGGGGAGUAGGGGUGGUGGUGGGGUGGGGGUGCAGUGGGGUGCUGGUGUGUGGGGAGUAGGGGUGCUGGUGUGUGGGGGGUAGGGGUGCUGGUGUGUGUAGGGGUGCUGUGUGUGUGGGGGUAGGGGUGCUGUGUGUGUGUGGGGGGUAGGGGUGCUGUGUGUGGGGGGGGUAAGGGUGCUCAGUGCGGGCGUAGGCGUGCUGUGUGUGGGGGCGUAGGGGUGCUCUGUGGGGGGUUAAGAUACAUUAACCCCUUAAAGACCAAACAUCAGGAAUAAAAUGGAAUCAUGACAUGUCACACAUGUCAUGUGUCCUUAAGGGGGUUAAAAGUUUUUUUUUUAAAGCAUAUUGAAGUAUCUCCCCAUAUAGCAGUGAUGGCAAACCUUUUUGAGGGCCCCCACCCCCCCUUACUCUUACCUUUGGUGAAGGGGAGGGGGGGAACACAGCCAUCCCUCGUGGUCCGGUGGUGGUAAGUAUCUAGGACCGGAGCACAGGUCCUACAGCUCUCCUGUCCUCCCGCGAGAUGAUGUGUGGAGCAUUGCCAUGGUAACGCGCGGCAACGCUCCACACAGCUCGCAGGAGAACAGGAGAGCUGCUUCCUAGAUGCCUCUCCCCGGGUUCCGGUCCUGCCGACACGGAAGCAGAGUAGGCACCUGCCGUUUCGGGCAGGCAUGUGACUACUCUGCAUUGAUGCCGAACCUACGGCCGCGUGCCCACAGAAAGGGCCCAGCGUGCCACAGGUUCGCCAUCACUGUCAUAUAGUAAUGUACCACUGGGCUCUUGGUACAGCGAUGGCCACAGCUGUCACAGAAAGCAAUACCUGUGUGUCAAGAGAUUGUUCUCAUGUAGCUUGUCACAGUGAAACACUGAGUCUCAGACCAGAGAAUUGUUGAAAUAUUCUGAAACCCAUGGUGCCCCUGAGCUGCCAGGUUUGUCCCCUCUAACUGUAUUUAAAAGGCAGCAAGAACACUCUAACAUUUAAAUACAUAUAUGUAUUUUUAAUGUUGAAGUUUUCCUUUUAAAAGUAUACAUUUGCCAUGGGUAUGCACAUACAAGGGCUGGAAGCCCUGAUCAUAAGGACAAUCUGCCAGGACUCUUCACUUUUGACACUGAGUGCUAUGAGGAGGGUGCCGUGCUAAUACAUUAUGUCAUAUCCCAGCCCUAUCUGUGCUCACGCAACUUCAACUUAGACACGCUGCCCAGACCAAAUUGUCCCAUGGCCAUGAUUCACUUCAUUUAUGGUAAAAUGCCACCCACUUCAGAUGCUGCCUGGGUUCAGUAGACCUGGUUCUGGCAUUAGGGUUAGUUACUCCAAACACUAUGACUAUUCAGUGAUUUGAAUUGGUCCUGGUGUCUGGAGUAUUUGUUUGUGUGUAUAGUGUACAAGUAUGAUAUUCUGUACAUAUGAAGUUUAACCUCUUUGCUGCUGAAGGUGUAAUCCCACCUUCGGCAGCGUUAUUGAGGCAUCGUUAGCCAGCUAGAAACGAGUUCCAGGCUAAUGUCAGUUCUGUUCAAACCUUUAUGCACAGUGUGCAACUGAUCGGCUGAGAGCUUUCAGCUGACGGUCUCAGUCAUGAAUGGCAACUGGAUAGGCUUCUGCAGCUCUGUAGAAACAUGUCACCAGGAGCCUUGGAGCGCAGCGUGAACCCCGGUAAGAGGGCAAUAUGUUGCUAGUGCGUUGCCCCCUGUUACACGGGGACCAGACCAGGAUACUCAUGGCAUCAUAACUACCACAAUAGGCUGUAGUGGUUAUGAUGCUUGGAGUAACCAUCUAACAGUAAUAACUUCCAACAUCUCAUUCCAUGUCUCCUGCCUGUGUCUUCCCUGGUGUCUCAUCCAUCCCUUUGUCCAUUCCCUUUCUUACCCCUGGCGGCCCAAGUGUCUUGUUGCUCUACCUUCACCCACAGCUGUUCUAGUAUGAUAUCCGUCUCUCUUCACCUCAAUUGCCCCAGAGACAUUUUGCUUCUUCCCCCUUAAAGUAUAUAGAGUUUACUUUAUAUCUCGUCCCUCUCCCCCUGAAAUGCAAAAUAUUGACUAAAUAUGCUGAGCCUAGUUAGUAGACCUGUGUCUAUUUUUUGGGGAGUGAGGGAGAGGAGUCAAUGGAAUAUGUAUUUAACAGAAGGUUACAAUAAAAUAUGUGCAUCCUACAGUGCUUUAAAAAAAUGCAUUUACUAUUUGUCAAACAUUUCUGACUUAUCUGUUUGUUAGGUUCCCAUUGAGUUUAAUUGUACUUGACUCCAGAGCAUUUCACAAAAUCUACCAAAAUGUUUAACAGUUUACUGGGGCAUAGCAUUGUGUGGAGUGAAUAAGAUGUUUUGCAGAGUGCUUCUAUCUGAAGGGCUCUUGAUUACAUCACAAAUAAAGUAGCAUGUCAGACCACCCGGAGGCAGAGAAUCCCAGACACCUGGCGAGUGUGCUCUCAUCAGUUCCUGCUUAUAUCGGACUUUGAGUUGGGGUUAGACAAGCCCAAAGGACUGCAAGAAACUAUUCCAAUGAAACCAUACUCUAAUAGCUUUCUCUGAGGUAGCCCUCAGAGAAAGUACUCCACAAACCGUUUUAUGUUCGAAUUCCUCCAUUUUACUAAGUCAUUACCCAAUUGUAGGAGGGUUAGUAUUUCUCCAAUAUAAAAGUCCUUGCAGUAUUAAAUAAAUGUAAUUCCAAUGUAUUCUUAACGCCUUAAGGACACAUGAUGGAAAUAUUCUUCCAUGAUUCCCUUUUAUUCCAGAAGUUGUGUCUUUAAGGGGUUAAAUUGUUUGUGAUACUUAAACAAUUUAAGUGACAUUACGGUAGUGUAACAAUACAGAGGCCAGGUUCAACUAAAAAUCGCAAUCUGAUAAGAAAGACACUAUUUUCUUGUUUAUAGACCAGAAAUUAGUCAGCACCUUCCAGUCCAUUUAAUCCAAUAUCCCUCUUCAGUUUACCCAAUUCCUUCUUGUUCCUCUCUUUUCUGACUUUCCCUGGUGUCAUGCCCCUCUCCUCCUUCUGACUGUAUGGAAUUAUAUCUGUCUUCUCUCCCUGACUACCUGCCAUAUCAUUCCAUUCAUCCUUAACCAUACUGGUGUCUUAUCAAUUUUCUAUUCUCAACCAUUCAGAACUCCCCUUCCCAUCCCUCAAAUCUCCCCUACUGUCUGUAUCUAUCUUCUGGCCUCAUAUUCCUCAAGAACUUUCACUGUUUUAUCCCUCUCUUCUUUCUUACACUCUUCUUAAGCCAUGCCAAUUCAUACCAGCAAUCCGCAAUGGUAAUGAGGCUUACAGCAAUUCAUUGCCAUCCAUUGUUUCUCGGACUUAUGCAUUCUUAUUAGCCAAAGUUCCACAGAGGGGUUGGGCUGCUGAGGACUAUUUUAGCAUUAAUUCAUCAAAAAUGAACCUGACAAAGGUACCAUGUUAAUCCACACACUAAAACCACUUCACUGAGAUGAAGCAGUUACAGUGCAUACAGUAUCCCUUUAAGUGGAUUUUUAUUUCUUUACUUUCCUCUGCAAGAUCUUUACUCUUUCAUUUCUUCUGUCACUACAUUUUUCCUUCACUCAGUCGUUACGAUUUUAAUUUCCUUUCCUCUGAUGUGAAAUCUUUGCUGUCAUUGCCUCUUGUUAUAUUCCCUACCUAGUCCUUUUUUCCUGGACUAUUUUCCUCAAAACACACAUGGACUUCUGAGCACCUCAUGCUUGCUAUUUCCUCCUGUAUGCUCGGUUCUAUUAUUUUACUGUUACCAGCCAUUCCAUGUACUGAUGUGUUCUGCUGCUCACUCAUUGUCAUGCUGCAUUUCCACCCAUCUACAUAUCUUCAUUACUGAGAUAUUUUGCCCUUUUAUUUUUUUAUUUUCUCAUUUAGCCUUGUUUAUUUUUCUUAACCCAUGCAGUUAGGCUGCCUUCUCUGCAGAGCGUUCGCCAUGGCUCGAAAGCUGUCACCCGUCACUGGAAAGCUAUGCAUUUUGAGAGGCAGAAGUUGAUGGCAGUCACAGAAUAUAUUUCUCCUAAGCCAGCAGUCCAAGAGGAAUGUCUAACACCAAGGACCAAAGCUACUGAAAAAGAAGAGGUAAUGAUGCUGCCCAAUGAAGCAGAGACAGUUGGCACCUGAAACAUGGGUAUAUUUGAGCAUGAUGCUCUGUCAGGCAUGGAGUUGUAGGUGCAUGGCAAGUAGCCUAAUAGAUAUAUCAAUGUGCAGGAUUGUUGAUAGGAAUUAAUGAUUACUGUAAGUAAUUGCCUGGAUGAAUGCAAGCUGUUUAGCAGCUAAACAGCUUGUGAACUGUACAUGUAACUUGGAAAUUAUUUUAUCACAUUGAUUUGUCUCAUGGAAACCCACUGCCAUUUUUUGCACAUCUAGGUAUUGUCAGACUCUAUUUAUACCACAAUUUACCACAGCAUCCGUGUGCCAUAGCAUUCACCAUUGUGCUGUAAGCCACAAUUACCAUUCUUGUUAAUCUGGUCCCUAAAAUGUUUAAUAAUGUGCAUUUUUAUCAGGAUAACCCACUGAAGCGCCUAUUGGUCAGUCAGAUGAACACAGUACUGCAAGAAUGUAAGAUGGUGGCUGUCUUCCAACGGAAUUCCAUUGGGUCAGAGGAAUUGUUACUAUUAAGGCAUAAACUCCUGAAACAUGGGAUUCACAUAAAGCAUUUCCCCAAUAAGGUAACACAAAUGGAGAGGGGGAACAUCAAUUAAAAGGGUAGUGAUCAGUGUAUGUGUGAUGCUGAGUAAAUGUAUUGGAACUGAUUUAUUUUACAUUUUAUUUUUCCUUGAGAAGUCAUUGAUUGCAUAAAUUGUAAUGCAUCUUUGUAACUUACUGUAUGGAUAUAUGUAUUUUUUUCUGUUCCACUGUCUAUCGACUCUAUUGUUAAUCUCUUUAUAUAAAAAAACAAAACAUUUAAAUGCAACAAAAAAAAACAAAAACUAUAAGCACUAAAUGCAACCAGCUGCAUUAACACAUUACAGAAAUAUAAUACACUGAGCAGGAUGUUGUACAGUAUUUUACCCAUGUACUGAUAUCUAUUAAGUUACACAUAGGAAAAGUGUUUUGUCGAGUUCACUGUUGUAAUAAUGUACAAAGGUGACCAUUGUGUUAACAGGAAGCAUUCCUUUGAUUGGUCAGUAUUAUUUGAGUCCAAGUAUGACACAAUGCAACUCAAAAUCUGGGUUGUAAUGGAAAGUCAAAGAAUGUCUGUACCCCAAUACUCUAUAUUUUGUCCAUUCUUUGUGUCUCCAGGUAGUAAAGACAUCUCUGGCACAGUUCCAUCUCCAAUCCAUGCAGCAACUGUUCCUAGGACAAACCUUCCUACUUGUGAGUCAUGAUGUGAAGGUGAAGGAAAUGCUGCAGAGUGUCAGAAAUGUUCCCCAGAUUGUGCUACUAGGUAAAUGCCAAUGUAGGGUAUAUUAUUACAAACCAUGGCAAAUUCAUAAUAUUUGGAUCCUAACGGAUAAAAGAAACCGUGGAAUAAUCCUUUUUUUUUUUUUUUUCCAUCUUUCUUCAGGUGCCUGCAUUGAGAGCAGAUUACUGAGCCGACAGGGAGUUCAGGCCUACGCCAAGCUGCCUACACUGGAAUAUCUUCAAAGUCAGGUUGUAGGAACGCUCACAUUGAUGGCAUCACAGACCUCCUCUCUUCUCACGCAACAUUCUACCCUACUCUGCGCUCAGUUGGAGCAGCAUAUUAAGGAACAAAGUGGCGGGUCGAAGAAUUCUUAAUAAUUUCAAAUGUUAAUGUAAACAAUGUAGGAUGCUUGUAAUAAAAAUUACUAUGAGUAUAAAAUAUUUUAUUCAUGUAUUUUCUGGGUACUAUUAACAAUACUAGUAUACAUGUCCAAUAUGCCUAUGAACCAAGUGCACUGUAUUGUGUACCUGUAUCCAUCAGUGGGGUACAUUGUCACUAACUUCAAUAUCCUUGUUUUGUGGCCACAGUCUAAAAGGCAAAACGGUUCUCUUUUGCUAUUGUCAAUAGAAAAGUCUUUGUCUUUUGUUACUGGCUGAAAAAACCACAGUAAGUCAUAUCUGUGUCUCUGUCAGACAUGUAAGGGGAUCCGUCUGAGCUGUAAGGUGACAGACGCCGGCGUUUACUGUCUUCAUAUGCUGCAUAGGUUGUGGGAUCACCCCAGGGGCUGUGCUCCUCCUCCUUCCCUCGGGUCUCUAGCAGUGGGCGAAACCAAGUUAAAUGUGUAGGAUUAGGUUUAGGAUGGUAUUGUGUGUGUCCUGUCCAUGGUGAGCCCAGUGUGUGAUCAGAGUAAUACCCCAGAUGUGGCGGCUGUGGAUAACACUUCAUUGUAUAUGUUGUUGGCACCUUGCCUGUAUGGUCAUAUGGUGUGUAGUCCAGGUGCUGGGUCAUGCUCUGUGUAGACAGGUACCAGGGUGUUGACUCUUGUUCUACGGGAUAAAACCGGUUGUGGUUCAGUGAGUCCGGUAAGAAAUGUGGAAAGCGAACGGGUGGCGAUGGGGUUAGGCGCUCUGUUAUGGGUGGGAGAACUAUCCUG